UUUUCUCUUCUUUUCAAUCUGCAGGUCAUAUGUUAUUUUUUAUUUUUAUUUUUAUUUUUAUUUUGGUUCUUUCUUGUGGUCAACCAUCUCGAAUAUUAUGCUGCAUGGUACGUGAAACAAAUAGCAGUGUGGUAGUGUACCAUGGUUGUCUGGCGUUGCUACACGGGACUUCGUAUAAAGAAAGAAAAUAAUAAAGGAGAGAAUGAGCCGGGAAGGAAAACAAAGUAGAUAUAUUUGGUCUGAUCUCAAAGGAAUAGUCCGUUCAGACGGUCAAAGAGCCCUAUCGUCUUUGGGUGUCUAUUUCCAGGUCUUCGCUGGUGUUCUAGUCGGAGCGCUAGUUUUCAGGGCUGGUACUAAUCUUUACUACAUAUCCACUACGGAGCAGUAUCCUGGUCUUAAAGGAAAGAAAGAGGGGAAAGGUCUCGCCAAUAGAUGCCACUAUGUGUUGCUCCUUUUUUGGGUGGCAAAUACGGAACAGGCUGGUAGCCCAGUCCUGGUCCAAACGAUGAUAUAUUCGUGUUGACUUGCGCCAUUUCGCUGUGAUCUUGAACCAAUGAGCCAACCUGUAAAUAUACCUUCACCCACAUUCCAGCCAUGCAGGUUUAAACCACACCAUUUUAACUUACGAUACACGGAGAG